AUGGGCGAGGACGGGGACCGGGGCGGCGGCGGGCUCGGGAGCUUACCUCCCGAGCCCCCCGGCCCGUCGCCUCGGCUCGCCCCGCCGCGAUUCCCGCAUCAGGAGCGCGCGCUGAGCCGGCAGGGAAGCCUCGGGAGCGACACCAGCGGAGGGUCGACGCCCACCGCGUCGGGCGGGGGACGGGAUCCGCGCGCCACCGCCUUCGGUUCCACCGGAGCGACCCCGCCGCACCUCGCCGGCGCGCCCUUCAUGGGUAACCCCCUGUACGAGUCCUCUCCUUCCGACGCGCGGGGGGUCAGCGGCGUCAUAGGCGGCGGCGUGCGCAAGGCUGGGGGCAUCGGCCUGUCCCAGAAGGAGGCGCCGGAAUCGCACCUGCGCAAGGCCAAGGCUGGCGGGCUGCUCACCAAGCUCCCGUUCGGCGCCACCGCGUCGGCGACGGCGAGGCCGAAGAUCCGGUUCUUCCGCGUCACCCCCGACGGCCGGGAGCUCCAGUGGGGGGACCCGAAGGACGCCGCCAAGCCCGCGCUGCCGUCGAGACUCGCCCUCGCCGACGUCUCCGCCGUCGUGGCGGGGCACGAGACCGCCGCCUUCGAGCGGUUCAAGCGACGCGCGGCGCCCCCGGCGAUGUGCUUCUCGCUCGUGUGCGACGCGAGGACCGUCGAUCUCUUCGCGGGGACGCCGAACGAGGCGGCGCAGUGGAGCGGCGCCCUCGACCACCUCGCCAGGCUCGCCAGGGAAUCGAACAUUGAACAACGUCCGAGCGACGUCGACGACGGCGCGGCUGGCGCGAACGACCGACCGAGCCAACACAAACAGCAAGGAGGCCUGGCGAGGACGUCCUCGAACGCGUCGGCGCAGUCGCAGGGCUCGACCGGCAGUCCAUCGUCCGUGAAACGGUCGGCGCCGGUGCGUUUCACCCCCGCGCCUCGGUCCGACGCAGACGUCGCGCUCGAUUUCGUCCCAAUCGCGUCGCAGCCCCCGACUCCGGAUGGCCACGUCAGCGCAGGACCGACUCCUGAUGGCCACGUCAGCCUGGACCUGCGCGAUGGCAUCGAACGCGACGGGGGUUGGGGCACGCGGGGCGUCGUCUACGGCGCGGGCGUCGUCACGGGCGUCGCGAUCGACGACGGCGUCGGCCGAACCGGGGGGAAUCGAUCGGAACGGGGGAGGGAAGAAGACCUCCGGGGAUCCGCGUUGGAACCCGUCGCGCCCGCGUUUGCGACGGCGACACGGCUGGCGGCGGGUGCCGCGCGAUGGCGCGAGCGCGCCGCCCGGGGAGCCGUGGAUCCCGGCGUGACGGAGGGCCGACGGGGCGCGGGCGCUCGGGGAAGGGCCGCGGGCAAGACGGCGGGGGAGGACGUCGUGGAGGCGUUUAGUCGCGCGAGGCACGGUCGAACGAAGGAGCUCGACAAACUGUUCCAACUCGAACGCGUCGACCCGGGGGUGCGGGAUCAGCACGGCCUGACUUUGCUCCACAUCGCCGCGCAGAACAACCAACGGAAGGCGGCCAAGCUGGUGCUCAAGCGGACGGACUUUGCCACGGACCCGCCGCGGCUGUCCUUGAUCGACGCGCAGACGAGCGCUGGUCACACGGCGUUGCACUUUGCGUUCGCGUACGGGUACAAAGACCUGGGAAAGUACCUGCUGAGCCUCGGCGCGGACGACACCGUGGCGAACGUGCACGGCAUGACCUGUUACGAGGGCCUGGAUCCCGACGAACCACCGCGGGACUGUCUGAACACGCCGGAGAUGCGGGAGCUGGCUCGAUCGGCGGAGUUGAGGCGGCGGGUGGACGCGAUGCGGCCGGGAGCCGGCGCGGGCGCGGGAGGCGGUUUAGGGAUGGCGUCGUCUCGCGGCGGGACGAUCACGCACCCGCUCGGGCGACCCAGCGGCGUGGCGGGACUCGCGCGGGACAGCGGCGCGUUCACCGCGAGGGGGGGCGCGGGCGCGGGGACGGCUCCUUCCUCGUCCAGAGGGGGUGGAGGGUGGGAGGGAUCCGAGUACGACGUCGGGUCCGAGUACGGGGCUGCGUAUCCGUACACUCCCCGCGACGGCCCCGGAUACGGCCCCGGAAACGUAUCCGGCAACGUAUCCGGUGCGUACGGCGGCGGUCACCCCGGCUUCCCGCCCAAUCCCUACGCCGCCCCCGGCGCGGUUGCUCCCCCCCCGCCGCCCUAUCCCGCGUACCCGCCGACGAUGACGCCGGGUUUCCACGCCGGGUACGGUGCGAUGGAUCCGAUGGGCGCGGCCGCGUUCGCGGCGCAGCAGCAGAUGGCGGCGGCGGCGGCGAUGGCGGCGGCGCAGAUGCAGGCGAUGCAGAUGAGCUCGCCGGCGGGGAGCGCGGGCAGCACGCACUCGCCGAUGGGUUCACACGGCGGCGGCGGCGGCGGCGGGAGCAUGCCGACGGGGUUUCAACCCAACCACCGGCGCUCGGCGGGUGGGGGUGGUGCGGUUUCGAGUCGGGGCAGCGCCGUCGGAGGCGUCGCGAGCUCCGGGGCGUCUGCCGUUUCAAAAGGCGGCGGGGACGUGGACUCUGACGUCCCUCUGGAGCCCCCGUCGCCAAUCAUGGGUCCGAUGAAGGGGUCGUCCUCGCGAUCGCGCGGGUCGGGAGGGCGUCACGACACGGAGGCUGCGUGGGAACGGGCGCUGGAUUCGAGGCGGCGGCGCAAGAGCGACAGCAGCAACCUCGACUCGAGCGACGACGACGACGAUGAGUCGCGCCAGGUGAACAAAAAACAGCAGCAAAAACAGCAGCAAAAACAGCAGCAGCGGGAGGAGAACAAGCGACCGCAUCCGCGACGCCGCGCGGGGGCCGAGGCGUCCGCUCGCGUCGCCGCCGCCGGUGGUCGCCGGGGCGAUCGCGCGGCGAGGGACGAGGCGCUCGACCGCGAAGCCGCGCUGCGAGCCGCUGCGCUACGAAAACACGGCUACCACACCUCCGACUCGGACUCCCCCACGUCCGCGAGCGAGGCGGAGUCGUCGAGGCGCCGGCAACAACCCGCGCCGCACUCCGUCGUCGCGGGCUCGAAUCCGCCGCCGUCCGGCGUCGUCGUCGGCCCCGGGAGGCGCGAGCGCGCCGAGCGAUCCCGCGCCGCCGCGGUCGAUGGUCCGGGGAGCGCGGCGAAGGCGGCGGCGGGCGAAGAUCUUCUCGGCGGGCGAAGAUCUCCGACGACGACGACGACGACCCGGGACAUCGACGUCGCCGCGCGCGAGGAAGCCGCGAGGGUCCGCGAGGAGAAGCGCCGGCAGCGCGCGGGCACCAUGCGCGGCGCGACCGCGGUGGGGGAGACCGGCCGCGCGUCGUGCCUGCCGGCGAGGACGGCGAGCAAGAUCGCGAUGGUGCUCGGCGCGCAUCCGCGAGCGGAUCCGCGCUCUGUUCGCGACGUCCUCGCCACGGGUUCGCUCGCCGGGACUGGCGUUACGCUCGAGGCGUUACGCGCGAUACGAACCGUCGUGCCCACCCCCGCGGACGUCGCGACGUGCCGCGCGACGCACGGCAUGGGAGCCGCGGCGGACGCGAAGAUCGCAUCCGCCGCGCUCGCCGAUCGGUUCGUCCACGAGAUGGCCAAGGUGAAUCGGGCUGAUGCAAAGCUCGACGCGCUCAUCUUACGCGAGACGUUCGCACAAAGGGCGGACGACCUGGAGACGGCGCUCGUGCUCGUCAAGGACGCCUCGGAGCGGGCGUGUGCCAGCGACGCGCUGGGCAGGCUGCUCGACAUCGUCGUCGCGCUGUCCGCCAUACUGGACAAGGGGAAAGCCGGAGCGGCGGGCGACGCAUCGCAGCCGAAAAAGACGAGAUCGACGUACAAGCUGUCGUCGCUCGCCCACCUCGCCGCCACCCCCGCCAAAUCGUCCACCAAAUCGGGCCUCGGCGGCGACACCCUGCUGCACCACCUGAGCAAGACGGUGGAGCAAAAGGCGGGGGCUGGGGACGUCAUUCGGUGGGCCGAGUCGUCCGGGGAAGGGUUCCGGAAGGCGUCCGACGCCCCCGACCCGGCUGAAGUUCGCGAACGCGUCGCCGAGCUUCGACGAGCGGUUCGCGACGUCGAGGCCGAGGCUGCCGCGUGCGAGCGCGACGAUGAGGGUGCCGAGGGUGCCGAGGGUGCCGAGGGUACCUUGGCGGCGUCGCUUCGGUCGUUCGCGGCGAAGGCGCGAGUUCGCCUGGACGUGCUCUGGGCGACUUCGGAGGCUGCGGAUGAGGCCGCGGCGCGGUUGCUCGUCGCUUUCGGGCCCGCGCCGAAGGGCACCGCGCCUAGGGACGUGCUGAGAACUCUCGGGGAGUUCGCGGAGGCGUUCGAGCGCGCGACGGCGGAGAACAGGCGCGCGAGGAUGGAGCGAGGGAAGGAGUGA